GUGAUAGGCUAAGCUCUGUGUCGGUUUCCCAUUAUUGACUCCACCUAACGGGGAAGAAACGACGGUCUAUAAUCUUUCAUUGAGAAAAGGCGAGACAAAUACUUCCCAUAUAGUCCACGCCUACAGCAACAAUGAUCCACAGUCUCUUCCUCGUCAACUCUUCGGGGGACAUAUUCCUGGAGAAGCACUGGAAGAGCGUUGUGAGUCGCUCCGUAUGCGACUAUUUCUUCGAAGCGCAAGAGCGCGCCAGCGAGCCCGAGAACGUGCCGCCGGUGAUCCCCACUCCCCACCACUACCUCAUCAGCGUGCUCAGGCACCGCAUCUACUUUGUGGCCGUCAUUCAGAGCGAGGUGCCUCCUCUCUUCGUCAUCGAGUUCCUGCAUAGAGUGGUCGACACGUUCCAGGACUAUUUCGGAGUGUGUACCGAGGCAGCCAUCAAGGACAAUGUGGUGGUGGUCUAUGAGCUGCUGGAGGAGAUGCUGGAUAAUGGCUUCCCGCUAGCCACCGAGUCCAACAUCCUCAAAGAGCUCAUCAAGCCUCCAACCAUCCUCCGCACUGUGGUCAACACCAUCACAGGCAGCACCAACGUGGGGGAGCAGCUGCCCACCGGCCAGCUGUCUGUGGUGCCGUGGCGUCGCACGGGGGUGAAGUACACCAACAACGAGGCCUACUUCGAUGUGGUGGAGGAGAUCGACGCCAUCAUCGACAAGUCAGGCUCCACGAUCACAGCAGAGAUCCAGGGAGUGAUUGACGCCUGCGUCAAGCUGACAGGCAUGCCUGACCUCACUCUCUCAUUCAUGAACCCCCGGCUGCUGGAUGAUGUCAGCUUCCACCCGUGCGUGCGGUUCAAGCGCUGGGAAGCCGAGAGGAUCCUAUCCUUCAUUCCCCCGGACGGAAACUUCCGCCUGCUCUCCUAUCAUGUCAGCUCCCAGAAUCUGGUGGCCAUCCCGGUGUACAUCAAGCACAACAUCUCGUUCCGAGAGGGCAGCUCCCAGGGCCGCUUCGAGCUGACCCUGGGGCCUAAGCAGACCAUGGGGAAGUCUGUGGAGUCUGUCCUGGUCACCAGCCAGCUGCCCCGCGGCGUCCUCAACACCAACCUCAACGCUUCCCAAGGAACCUUCACGUUUGACCCCGUCACCAAGCUAUUGUCGUGGGAUGUGGGUAAGAUCAACCCUCAGAAGCUCCCCAGUCUCAAGGGUUCCAUGAGCCUGCAGGCUGGAGCUUCCAAACCAGACGAGAACCCCACCAUCAACAUCCAGCUGAAGAUCCAGCAGAUGGCCAUCUCAGGACUGAAGGUCAAUCGGUUGGAUAUGUACGGGGAGAAGUACAAACCUUUCAAAGGCAUCAAGUACAUGACCAAGGCCGGCAAGUUCCAGGUUCGAACAUAGAACCUCUGACCCAACCACUACGAUAAGAGAAGAUGGGGGUGGAGGUGUGUGGGGGCUAUGAGAUAUAAGGAUGAGUUAUGAUGGGGACAGACCCUGUGUUUAUGCAUUUCAGGAUUUAUCCACACUAAACGUGUGGACUUGUACAGAUGGGUGAGCAUUCACCCCCGAGUCAUUUGCACAGUCGAAUGUGCACAGAUGUAACGGUAACAGUGUCACUCUGAAAUGGGUCUGUCGCCAGUUAGCUUUGUCAUUUUUCUUAUCGAUUUAUUUUCUUUUUUUUCUUUCACCUUUUGCCCUUGUGAGAGCGCGAGUAUUCCACUGCCCCUCUCACUUUCCACUCGUCCCAGAUCAUUCCAAACCCUGCUGCCUCUCUGUCUCUCUCUCCUCCCCCCCUGCACACCGCCCCCCCCCCCCCC